AUGAAUGCACUUGGAAAUAAUCAAAUGAUUGCCCCAAAAAUUCAAAAGCAAUUGGUGAAUGCUUGUGCAGUUGAGACCACAAAUGCUAUUCUAGUUGAUCUUCGAGAUAGGUGGUUCACUUUACUACUUGAUGAGGCUCGUGACUGUUCAGUGAAAGAGCAAAUGGCAGUUGUUAUUAGAUAUGUGAACAAACAUGGAGAGGUGAUUGAACGAUUUAUGGCUGUAGUUCAUGUUGCAACAACUACAGCUGCUUGUUUGAAGGAGGCAAUCGACUCUUUAUUUGCUAAGUAUGGUUUGCCAGUGGCGAGAUUGAGGGGUCAAGGAUAUGAUGGUGCUUCAAAUAUGUCUGGAGAAUUUAAUGGCUUAAAGUCACUGAUAAUGAACGAAAAUCCGUAUGCAUUGUAUGUUCAUUGUUUUGCUCAUCAACUCCAGCUAGUGGUUAUAGCUGUUGCUCAAGCAAAUCAAUAUGUUUGUAAUUUCAUGUGGAUUGUUGGUUCGAUUGUGAACGCAUCUGCAUCAUCUUGCAAAAGGGCCGACAAACUUCGACAACUUGAACAUGAUAGAAAAGUUAAACUUCUUGAAAGAGGAGAUAUUAGUUCUGGUAGAGGACUAAACCAAGAAACUAGUCUAGCUAGACCUGGAGAUACACAAUGGGGGUCUCAUCAUUCAACUUUAUGUCGUAUUGAACAAAUGUGGCCAUCUGUUAUAGAGGUUCUUCCAAAUUUGAUUGAUGAUGGUGAUCGUUCUUCUAAGGGUUUAAGUAGAACUUUGGUUGAAAGAAUGGAGAGGUAUGAAUUUGUGUUUAUUCUACUAUUGAUAAAACGUAUAUUUGUAAUCACAAAUCAUUUGUCAACCGUUCUACAAGAGAAAGAUCAAAAUAUUGUGAAUGCGAUGCAUUUGAUCAAUAAUGUGAAAUACAAAUUACAAAAGUUGAGAGAUUCUGGAUGUGAUAUUUUACUUGAGGAUGUGAAGAAGUUUUGUAACACUCAUUCCAUUGAAAUAAUUAAUAUGACAGAUAACAUCAACAGCCGUAGUCGUUUGAAGAGAGAUAGAAAAAAUGUUAAUUUUUAUCACUACUACCAUGUUGAAAUCUUUUGUGAGGCUAUCGAUAUUAUUCUACAGGAGAUGGAUAGUCGUUUCUAUGAAACAACUAUAGAUUUGUUGAUUUAUAUGUCAUGCCUUGAUCCUAGGAAUUCGUUCUCUAGAUUUGAUGUACAGAAAUUAGUACGUCUGACUCAUUUUUAUGAGGAUGAUUUUUCUUGGAGUGAGCGUAUGUUGGUUGAACAAGAGCUUGAAACAUAUAUUGAUGACGUCAUAUCAGAUGAAUGGUUUGAAGGCAUUUCAGAUUUGGGAGAUCUUGCAAAGAAAAUGAUUGAAACAAUGAAGAACCGUGUGUUUCCUUUGGUUUAUCGGAUGAUUGAGUUAGCCUUACUUCUUCCAGUUGCCACUGCAACCGUUGAAAGAGUGUUUUCGGCAAUGAAUAUUGUCAAAACAGAUUUGCGAAACAUGAUUGGAGAUGAAUGGAUGAAUGAUAGUUUGGUAGUCUAUAUCGAAAAAGAUGUUUUUAAUACUGUCGACAAUGAGCCAAUUUUACAACGUUUUCAGAACAUGGAGUCUCGAAGAAUGCAAUUGUCACGUAUUCGUUAG